AUGUGGACUGGACUACUUUACUUGCGCGACAGUCGCAGGCUCGUCAGAAGACCAAGGUGGCUCCUGGCACAAGUGCUGAACUUGGGAUGUGCAUACUAUCUUGCAGUGAUGCUCUGGAAAGGCUUCAUGGUGAGCACAGAGUGUGAGUGCCCGAUAUUCAUUGUACAGAGUGGCGGCGACCUCAGGCUACACCGCGGCGACGUAUUUUUUCUCACUGGGUCAGAUUCAUUCCGGGCAGGCGAUGAAGUGGUGUAUCAAGUACCGGACCGGGAGAAAUGGAUUGCUCACAGGGUCGCGAACGUCCAUGAAAAGCCCGAUGGAACGCUAGCCUUGCUCACGAAAGGCGAUGAUAAUGUUGUGAAUGACCGCGGCCUCUAUUCGCAGGGACAGCUGUUCCUUACCCGGCCGGAGAUCGUCGGGCGUGUUUUUGCGUAUCUGCCAUACCUGGGGAUCCUUAUACUUCUGUUGAACGACUACUUGUGUUUGAAGUGUUGGCUCUUCCUCUCGACAGCUUUCGCUUGCUUGAUUGGCCGUGGAAGUUGGAAGAGUUUCGUUGUGUUGUGUCUGGCAGAGUGUGUGAGCUUCAGUGUCACUUGA